AUUUCAUGACGAUCCCAGAAUGAAGCGCAAACGACUUGGAGGACCUUCCUCAUCAGGAGCGAGAGUAGGAGGACAUACUCAAACUUUCGAUCCUACUGCUCGUCUUCACUCCAUAUUCGAGUCUGGAUUUCCGUAUUCCAAGAAAUUGCUUGCGCAUAGAUCUUGUGUGAAUGCAAUCACAUUCUCGAAGGGUGAAGGACGUUGGUUGGCUAGUGCUGGCGACGAUCUACGUGUUUUGUUAUGGGACCUUCAUCAAGAGGACGUUCGAGCGCCUUCUUGCUCACUAACGGGACAUAGAUCAAAUAUAUUCUGCCUUGAUUUCUCCGCCCAGAACCAGUUUGUCUACUCUGGGUCAACGGAUGAAAAGAUUUUGAAAUACGAUAUAUCUACUGCUUCAAGUAGUUCAAGUGGAACUCCGAUACAGACGUUCUCAACUCAUGAGGAUAACGUACGAGGUCUUUCAUGUCACCCAGAGAAUGAGGAUAUGUUCCUUAGUGCAGGGGAAGACGGCGUCAUAGCGCUGCACGACUCAAGAGCUGUGAAUGGAUGUGCAGGAUCGGUUAUGAACGACUGCGAGGUUACCGACGUGCGAUUCCAUCCACGAGCAGAUAAAUUGUUCUUCACCGCGGACACACACGGGAACGUAUGUUUACGUGAUACACGGAUGGCUUUUGCUGAUAGGACGAGCGCCGGUAGUAAUGGAGUGUCAGUCGCAGGUGGGAAGGGAACAGUUAUGAAGUAUGCUACUGCGAUAUUGAGGCGUUCGGUACCGUACAUGGUCCAGCCGGAGGCUGCGAGUCUCGCGAUCGAUCGGAGUGGGACGAAGUUUGCUGUGACCUUUCUGCAUCAUCUACCAACAAUCUAUUCGACAGCAGAUCCAAUACCUCUAGCAGUCUGCAGCGGUAAGAACUUUCCUAACGGCUCACCUGUACCAGAAGGAGAAAGCUCGUACAGGAACACAUGUACUAUCAAACACGGAGCUUUCGGUGGACCAGCUGGAGACACGGAAGAUGCAUACUUUACCACUGGUUCAGACGACUUUCGUGCGUACGUAUGGAAGAUCCCGAACCUGGCUGGGCUACGAGAAGAGAGGCGCGUUCUGGACGAGAGCGAGUUUCAAACUGAAUCGCCUCGAUUGAUUGGAUAUGCACAGAAUACAGAUGACAAUUAUAUAUACAUUCCCGCCGAUAUAUGCACUCCUUUAUUCCGGCUUCAAGGUCACGACUCGAUCAUCAACAGCAGCAUCAUCCACCCACACAUGCCACAAAUUGCAACAUGCGGCGUCGAGCGACACAUCACGAUCCACAGUCCGACACCAACAGCGCCGAACAUGAGUUUCAUACGUACACGGGAAGAGGUGCGCGUACCGCCUCGGGACGACCCGCAGACAACGAGACGGUUUUUACAGGCGUUGCUUGCGGGGCAUAAUAUCCAUGUGAAUGGGAGUGAGGAUGGGGAGUCGGAGGAGAGGAAUACUAUUGAUUUCUUUGAUGGGGUGAUACGAGAACAUGAAGACGUGAAUGUUUUUACAGCUGGAUGGAAAUUAGGUGGAAGGGACGGAGAUAUGGAUGUAGCGCUUGACUCUGAUUAAUACCAAAACAAGUAUUAAAGUAAUGUAGAUUACAACUAAAUUCACGCCGGACACAAGUUUC